AUGAAAUACGAUGUGAGCUUUAUAGACCUUGCCACAUUGGCGUUACACCGGCGAAACGAAAUGGAAGCCAGAAUCAAUAUUUUCGUAACAAAAUGCGAUCAAGCCGUCAAGGAUAUCGUGAAACUAAAAAUGCAGGCUCAAAACUUUGUGCAUCAAUUAAAUUGUGAGCCAUCAGAACUGAAGGAUAGGUUCCUGAAGUGCAUGAAGACUUUAGAUGAAUACACAUAUCUUAUCACUGACUUUAACUUAUCUGUCGGCAAACUGGACGAGACAUUCAGCAUUGAUUACCCAGUCCAUGACUCAUCUAUUAGCCAGACUGCCUUAACACCAUCACCCACAUUCAAUAUAAUUGACAUGCUGAGUGAACCGACUCCUUCAACUUCCAUGACAUGCCCCAACAUGUGUCCAUUGGACAAACCCAAGAGAACCAAAGUACCUAAGGAAGAACAAAGCCUGAUAGUAUUCUCCAGUGCUUCAUGUUCUUCAGAAAGUGUUCCAGCUAAAAAUGAGACCACUGGGAAGAAAGAAAAAGAAACACAAUGCGAAUUUGCAGAUGGUGUUAAGAAAAUUAAUUUGAAUGAGGUAUCUUCGACAUUUCAAAUGGAAUUGCACAACCUGCCAGCACAGACAAUCCUUCAAACAGAGCAUGUCUACCCAGCCACAAUUAUGAACAUCGACGGUGCCUCACUCUGGGUCAUUACCGACAGCGCUGAAGAAGUCUGCAGAAUAAUGAGAGAAGUAACUGAUUACUACAAUAAACACCACAUCGAAAUGUCAAUGGAGGAUGUAAUGUCACUCACCUACUGUGCCUACUUUGAUGAGGAGACUGACUGCUACUACCGUAGCUUUUUCAUCAGGCUUACUGAGGAGGAUGAGCAAUAUGCAGAGGUUUUCCUCGUAGACACAGGUGAGAUGCGAUUAUGCGAGGAGCCGCGCAAGUAUCUGCAACCGCUGCUGCCUACCUUCUGUGUGCGCCCACCAUACGCACGCUGCUGCCAUCUCGCAGGGGUUGAACUAAUAAGCGGCGAGGACAAGGAGCUGAAGGAGAAGCAGGAGAAGUUCCUGAGCCAGUACAUAGGCAGGCAAUGCAGCAUUGAAGUUGAUGACAAUACUUCCGAAUCAUUGGGCGUGUACGUGAGACUGUCAGAGAACGAGAUCCUCAAUGAAAUUCUUAUUGAACACGGAUUCGCUUGCUCAACUGAAUCCAAAUCUCCUCAAAAAAUGACUGCAGUGUCCCACGGUACCCCCGAGCUUCGUAAGCUCGACUCGGAGCUCGACUUGGCUCUCUGCCCUGAGUAUGAAGAUCCAGUAGAGGCUGUCACAGGCUACAGCUACCGCGAUGAGGCAGAUAUCUGCAAACACUACAAGGGUGGCCCUAAUAAGAGCUGCUUCAAGGGAUCGCGGUGCACCAAGAAACACAUUGUCAAACAUCCUGAUGGGUGGACUCUGGACCGCGUAGAAGUUACUGGCAAGUGCGCUGCGUUGCCGCUGCCAGCGCCUGGCACGUGGCUACGCGUACUAGUCACCUGCGUCUGCCACUUCGACCACCUCUACGUGCAGUUCAUCGAAGAGGAGCCUGACGAAGAGCUGCCAAAUUUCGGCGUAGUGCUGCCUCCGUCUAACCUCAAGGCGCUCGUACGAGACAUGAAUUGCCCUGCGACGCGCAUGGCCUACAAACCUCUCACCAUGGCACCGGCCCAUGGCGAACUGGUGGCAGCCUUGUAUCCGCCCGAUGACCAAUGGUAUCGUGCCCGCGUCAUCACCACCACGCGCGCUGACCAGAAUGUUGAGGUGAAGUAUAUUGACUACGGCAACGAAGUGUGGGUGCGUGAAGACAGCGUACGAAUGCUGGAGCCUCGACAUGCCCUGCUGCCAGCGCAGGCUGUGCGCUGCGCGUUGGCCGGCGUGGGGGCCAAGGGCCACGACUCGCGGCAGUGGGCGGCCGCCAAGCAGCAGCUCGCGCGGAUGACGCAGGAUAGGACCCUCGACGCCCAUGUCAUUGCCCGCGACUACGAUGAAAUAACGGUGGAGCUAUUCGACGAACACGGCUACAGCAUAGCGGAGCAGCUGGCUGCGCUGGACAUGGUCGUGCUUAAGGACUUCGUUGUUCUGGACGAUAGCAACACUUUGCACAAGCAAGUCGUGCCUUAAACUCUUCUUUAUUUUAUCAGUAGCCUUUUGUGAAACCCCGAAAUUAUAAUAACAUAGGUAUGUUCUAAAGUUAGAACAAAGUAAACUAAACACUGACAAAUUGGAUAUGGACGCGUAGAUAUUGAAAAACACACAUCUAUAUAUAAGUAUAUAUUUCAUUAUAUAUGUGUACGUUACGUGCGUACGAAUACUUGCCUUAGAGGUAUUCCUUGUUUCUCAUUACAUUGUGUAUAAGUUAAAUACUUGCUAUAUUCGACAAACUUUAUAGCUUUUUCUUUAUAAAUGUCGCCAAUUACACUUGAUAAGGAUUUACGCUGACGUUCUAUGUUGACCAUGUGAUUAAAAAAAAUAUGUGAAUUUCCUAAAUUUCCACAACAAAAGCUGUUUAUUUUAAUUAUAGGAAUGACGUGUUCUACAGUUUUUAGUUAAUAAACUUGUGCGUCUAUAUCAAAUAAAGAAUCUUAAGUGCCAAAGACUAAUUUUUACUAUAGAGCGUUUUUAAAAAACAGUUUCAAAUAUAACUGCCUACAGCUCUUAGGACUUUCGACAUAAUCGACUUAGGACAUAAUCAAGAUCCUUGGUCUGAAGUCAGACGUUUCGGGCGACGUGUGCUCUGAUUCAGCAGAAUGAGCUGUGCCAGGCUGUAUGCUACCUAUAAAGCGUUCGUGACCAAUAAAGGCCUCCCUAGCCCCAGCCUUUGCCAGCUCAUCCGCUGCCUCUUUAACUUCGAUGUCAGAAUGGCGUGGAACCCAGCGCGGGAACACUUUAUUCCUUUCCCCGAGAGUAUUCAGUAUAGUUACACAGUUCUCUACAAUCCUCGAUGUUUGAGUAACCGAGGCUAAUAAGCGCACAUGCAAUUAUGGCUUACAUUUCGACCUGUACAAUGGAAGAGUGUUGUCCCAUGUUCUGCUUGUAGCUGAGCCUGAGUCGCACACCGUGUAUACCACAGCCUCCGUCGAGUCUCAUCUUCGGCCCAUCGGUAUACCAAUAAAAACUACCAUCCUUCCUGGUGAGGUUCCGUUACUCUCCCAAUUUUCCUUUGGUUUCCUAAAGUUUUGAUUGGGAAGCAUGACAUCAGAUGUCAUUCGUAGAAGAAAGUGUUCCAGGAUGGAAUCUUAACCUUGUUAUAAGCGUUCGUUGGACCUCGAAAUUAUUUAUAAUGAGGUAAUUUGAUCUAAAAGUAUCCAUAUAUAAUUUGUUGACACCUUGUAUACUAUAUUACUAUAGCAAUUGUACUCGACGUUAAGAGCAGCUUGUUUUUUCGGACAAAACAUUUAAGAGUUGUGUACGAAACUACGCGAAGCGCGGCAGAUUUUCGCAUAAAAUAGUUUUUUUGUGUACAAAAUAGUGAAAAAGCUGUUAUGAUGUAAAUUUGUGAAAUGUAAUAUGCCUCGAUUAACCAAUUUCUUAGGCAAUAUGCUCAGAAUCGUGUUGUAAGGACGCCUCGUCACUGAUAUACACGUAUGAAUAAAGUGUUACUGCCAAAUGUCCAAAUAGUUUUAAAAAAUCUAAAAGAAGUUUAAAAGUACAAUUCUCAUUGUUAUAAAUAUAAUGUUCAGUUGAAAAGUUAUUUUGUUCGCACAAAUUGAGUAAAUUAAUUGCUGUUCUUAGGGUCAUAUUCUAGAA